GGCAUACCAUCGAUCUCUAGUAUAUUUAGAAAAAAAAAAAAACAUAGCUCUUCAAGAUUAGUGCUUUCAUUGCUGAGAGCUAGACACCAUUGAUUUGUAGAGAUUAACGCCUCUUCAUUCUUUCUAGCUCUUCUUGUUAAUCAUAUAUACAACCCCUCCUGAAGCUUUCCCUCCCAUUUCUUUUUCCUGCGAACGACGAACGGCAAUGAUCGCCGGUGCCGGCCAACUUAACUCUUCGGCUUUGCAGAACCAACUCCAGGUUUCCGCUUCUCUUCCUUUGGAAUUGUUCUAGCAAAGUUACAAAGGGGUUUUGAAGAUUGUCAAGCAGUGUUUAAAGUUUAAACACUUCCAAAGGUAGCACUUUGCAGCAGAGAUUUAACUAAACAGAAGGAAAUCGAAAGCUACAUUUGAAAAAGAUGGGUUUCUGGACUCUGUUUGAGGUGGCAUCUAUGCCAGUUCUGCAAGUUUUGAUAAUCAGUUUGUUGGGAGCUUACAUGGCUACUGAGUAUUGCAAUCUUCUUCCUUUGGGUGCCAGAAGAUCCUUGAAUAAGAUUGUGUUUGUGGUGUUCACACCUUCCCUCAUGUUUGCAAGUGUUGCCGAGACUGUCACAUUUGAUGACAUCAUUUCAUGGUGGUUCAUGAUUGUCAAUGUGGCACUUACAUUUUUUAUUGGAUCCAUUCUUGGAUGGUUAGUGGUAAAGAUACUGAAACCAAAGCCUUAUCAGGAAGGCGUUGUAAUUGCUUCAUGUUCAUCAGCAAACUUGGGAAACCUUCUGCUUAUACUUGUGCCUGCAACCUGUCAUGAGGCCGGAAACCCCUUCGGCGAUCAUGAAGUUUGUAGUGCAGUUGGACUCGCAUAUGCCUCGUUUUCCAUGGCGCUUGGUGGUUUCUUCAUUUGGACUUAUACGUAUCAGCUGAUAAGAUCCUCAUCUGUGAAAUUUAAAGCACUUCAAGAAGCUGAAAAGGUGGCCAUGAAGAGGCCGAAUAAGGACUUGGAUGCUGAUGGGGCAACUCACCUUCUCAAAGAAGGAGAUGAAGAGCAGGGCUCUAUUGUAGUCUCAUCUAAAUCCGCAGAUCACCCCCCUGCUAUAGUGACUCAUGAACCAGAUGUAUCAUUUGCCCGAACAAUACUAGCAUUUUUUCAACAGAUUUUACAUGAGUUAAUGGCACCACCAACUGUAGCUGCAAUCAUUGGAUUUGUCUUCGGGGCAGUUCCAUGGCUUAAAAGCUUGAUAAUUGGUGACAGCGCCCCCCUCCGAGUGAUCCAAGACUCAGUUACACAACUCGGGAAUGGAACUAUUCCUUGUAUCACACUUAUUCUUGGAGGCAAUCUCAUGCAAGGCUUAAGAGCAUCGACAAUCAAAAUACCUGUCCUCCUUGCAAUCAUCCUUGUUCGAUACAUUCUACUUCCAGUAAUUGGAAUUUGGAUUGUAAAAGGAGCAGACCAACUAGGGUUUCUCCCACCAGACCCUUUAUUCAAGUUUGUGCUGAUGGUUCAGUUCACAUUGCCACCUGCUAUGAACAUUGGUACCAUAACCCAGCUGUUUGACGUCGCCGAGGCAGAGUGCUCAGUCAUCUUCCUGUGGACAUACUUGGUCUGUGCCCUAGCACUCACUGUGUGGUCUACUGUCUACAUGUGGAUCUUGUCUUGAAUUGUUGAGGAUGGCAAAAAGCCUCAGAAAGUAGUAUGUAGCAUCAUUUUUCGUUAGCAAUUCGCACGCAGGAGCGAAGCAUGAAUCUGAAUUACAUCUGGGUUUCUGUGUCUUGUUCUGAUUCAAUUAGUUUUUUGAAGUGAAAUUUUUGUUUAGGGUGGUCUAGGAGACCCUGUAGGUCGCAUGCUUUUAUUUACCUGAUAGUGUAGUAGGAGUGAAAUAUGAAUAGAAUUAGGGUUUAGUUGGAUUUUCACAGGUCAAUGAAUCUCCAAGUCAUUGAUACCCUGUGUCUGUAAUCUGUUAUGUAUGUAGGUUGUGAAAUAUUUGUUCUUGUGACUUGUUCUCCUGCCAUUGAGUUCAGUAAAACCAUAACAAACUGAACUGCACAUAACCAGC